AAGAUGUAACAGCUGCUAAAGAAAGUGAGCUAGCUAAGCAAAGCUAGCAGGUGUAAAGGUUGCCCCUGCACUGGAGAGCGAGAAAAUAAUCAUAAUUACAAAAAACAUAAUCAUACUCAUAAGUGCAAAAAAAAGUGCUUGAUUAAUAGGUCACACUGAGUAGCAACAUAGGUCAGGUUUAGGUGUUUAAAAUGCAAUUAGCAAAUACAUAAGUGAGAAAAUAAAUAGUGAGUCUGCGGUGUGUGCUGCUGUGUUUGCAUGCACAGAAAGAAAGAAAAAAACAUGUAAUAGUUUUGUUUUUUCGUCAUUCAGAACACUGAUGCUCGAACAGGUUGUGGUAAAGUUCGAGGGGAGGAUAUCUGGAAUAGACACAGGGACGAGAAAGAGAAAAAGGACCUACCAGAGAACAGCACUGAUAUAAUUACGAAAUCGGGGAUUAGGAGCGAACAGAACCAAAGCGCAAGUCUGCGAGCGAGGAGAAUACGAGCAGCUGUCUAAGGAGAUCGAGCAUCUGAAACAUCUUCCAGUGAAGUCAUGGGCAACAGCGUCUCGAGCAUCCCGACUUUGCAAAGAGGGCACCAGAACAGAUUCCACAGGCUAUCGAAUCAACAGAAAGAUUCCCUUGGUGGGUCAUUCCCAGCCACCUCGCACCGAUGUCAUCACAAGCCCAAGCGCUGCCCGCCCAUCCAGCAGCGCGGGGGAUUCCCUGUCAGCCCUUUGCUCUUCCACCCCAACGCUAAGGGCUCGCAGAUCACCAUGGACCAGUCCCUGAAGACUGUCAAGAGGCAGGCAAGCUUCUGUAAUGCCAUCACCUUCAGCAACCGACCCGUGGUGCUUUAUGAGCAGGUCAGACUCAAGAUCACCAAGAAGCAGUGCUGCUGGAGCGGAGCAUUGCGAUUAGGAUUCACUGCCAAGGACCCAUCUCGGAUUAACCCGGACACUCUUCCUAAGUACGCCUGCCCAGACCUGGUGUCCCAGAGUGGCUUCUGGGCCAAGGCCCUGCCUGAGGAGUUUGCCAACGAGGGCAAUGUCAUUGCCUUCUGGGUGGACAAGAAGGGCCGGGUUUUCUACCGGGUCGACGACUCCAGUCCCAUGCUCUUCUUCAGUGGAGUCCGGACCACCGAUCCACUCUGGGCGCUAAUAGAUGUAUAUGGGCUGACUCGAGGGGUGCAGCUGCUUGACAGUGAGAUUGUGCCCCCUGACUGCCUGCGCCCCAGGUCCUUUACUGCUGUGAGGAGACCCUCGCUGCGCAGAGAGACAGACGAUGCUCGUCUCUCCGUCAGCCUCUGUGACCUCAACCUGCAAGAGGAAAAUCUCCAUCUCAUCUCAGCUGCGUGCCCCAUUCCACAGAACUCUCUGAACUCCCAGCAGUCCCACCUGCUGCCCUCCCACCUGGACAGUGACCUGCACUUCCACCAGCUGAGGGGAGCACACAUCAAGACGCUGGACGAGCAGACGGUGGGCCGUUCCGAGCACGCACGCGAGGAGAGGACUUUGGUAUUCACCAACCGGCCCCUCCGAAUCGGGGAGACAAUUUUCAUCAAGAUCAACAAGUCCAACACCGGCCGUUCGGGCUCCCUGUCUUAUGGAGUGACCUCCUGUGAUCCCAGCGUGCUGCGGCCCAGCGACCUACCCUACAACCCGGAGUCUCUAGUGGACCGCAAGGAGUUCUGGGCAGUAUGCAGGGUGCCCACUCCCCUCCAGAGUGGGGACAUCUUGGGCUUUUUGGUCAACCAGGAAGGUGAACUUCUUUUAAGCCACAACGGCAUGAAUGCUGGGAUGCAGGUCUGUGUGGAUAACUCCCGUCCGCUGUGGAUGUUCUUUGGGCUGCAUGGGGCAUUGGCACAGCUGAGAAUUUUGGGCUCCACCCAUCUGCCAGAACCCCGUGGCCUCACAGCUCCCAGCUCCCCCGUCUCCACCCCCAACACUCCCACUGUCCUCUGCAACAGGGGCUCUGACCACACACUCCACGCCAGCAGCUCCGCUGGGGGUACAACUCCGAGUUCUCCCGUCAGCUUACCCGAGUCCCCCACCUUCCCUGCAGCCUGUGGUUCUUGGAGUGACGAAUGUACCAUCUGCUAUGAGAACAUGGUGGACACUGUGAUCUACGCAUGCGGACACAUGUGUCUGUGCUACACCUGUGGCCUGAAACUGAAGAAAAUGACCAACGCAUGCUGCCCGAUAUGUAGAAGGACCAUCAAAGACAUAAUAAAAACCUACCGCAGCACGUAAACACAGGGAUCCCAUCUUUACCGUGGAAAUGGGGAGCUCUUUUGUAAGGGAACAUUAAUCUGGUGCACAAUAGCCCCACUUUGAAAAGCGAUUCAGUCUUGUUAACAUCAUCUCUAGGUUCAAAAAGUCCACGAUUUGAAGGUUUUUUCACAAACGUAUUUUUCCAAUUGUUUUUAUACUACCAGGGAGAACUGCCAUCUAACAACAGUUUGGUUACUGGGGCGUCCAGGUUGUUUAAAGGGACACAUGUUUGAUGGUUAAAGAGACGCAUGUUUGAUGGUUCAGAAGUUGCCUUUUGCAUUGGAGGCAGCUUGGUCCAAUGAAAUUGAAGUUCAAGUGAAGGAGCCAAAGAAAAGCGACUUGUUAGUUUAAACAGGCAACUCCAUGGUUAGAAACCACGUUGAGAAAAGCUGGUAGCCCAAUUAGGCUUCCCAUCAACUUGAAGUACUGCAGCUUUAACACAACUUUUGUCUGUGCGCAGUCUGGGUGGCACCCCAACCGAAGCAGAUAUAAAGCUGACCUGCGUAUUUGCAAUUGCAGGAAGUGUAACACAAUGCAUGGGCGUGGGGUAAACUAGCCAUAAAGUCCUGCAGAUGAUUCAUACUCAACGUUAACAUUUCCACAGCACAAAUACAAACAACUGAGGCAUCUUUCUAGUACCACCCAUGCAUUGAAUGUGCCAGCACUGUUUUCAUGAAGGUGGCAUUGCAUGUCACAAGACGGAGUUACAUUGGUAGAGGAAGUACAGCUGUCAAACUUUAAAUGGAUACUAGCAAGGCUGUAUAUAUGCAUAUAUAUUGCAUUUGACCCAUUCAAAAGACUGGACAAUGUAAUGAUUUGACCCCAGAUCCCGUAUUCUGUCCUAGAGGGUGCAGGUAGUUGUGAUGCAGUAUAAGAGGUGAGUGAUGAAGCCCUGUGUGACAGACACGUAAAUAAGGGUGGAGUGAAGGAUUUAUUAAUCAGUUUAGUUAGGAAUGACAGGUCCUGUGUUCUGUCUCUGGAACCGUUCAUAUACACCAGGUACCACAGGGUGCCACAUAUACUGGACCACAUUGAAAAAUAUAUAUUUCUAAUGUAUCAUGGCCAGUAAACAGAAUAUUCCAAAGAAAAUUAAAAGGUAGAACUAUUGUCCACCAGACCGUCCAUAGUUCAAGGUCACCUGAAUAAUCUACAGGACACCUUUCUGUACUUGGACAUAUCCAAUAGAUUACUACAUAAGGAUCAGUACUCAAUGGAGGGGUUGAGUUGGCAUCAUGAGUGGAUGUUUAAAGCAAUCUAAACUGUUGUGCUUCAGCUUGCUAAAAAGUCAACAGUUCCACCACACAAGGAAUGGAAUUUUCUUUUAACCUAUAAAGGUACAAAAAAAGAAGAUGUGUUUUUAGUUUUUCACAGGGUACACACAAAUGUAAAAGGUUUUGUAAAUACCUGAAGGUGCCCUUCAUUUUUGACCUAUGACCAAAUACCGAUAUGGUGGUCAUGUGACUUGUUUCUGUUUCGGACGAUUAAGACCGACUGUAUUGGAUGAUUUCCUAUCACAUUGAUUAUAGGCAUCAUGCAAGGAAAAUGAACCCUUUUGUGGCUGUAUUUUACAAAGCUUCUGCCACCACACUGCCUGUUCCCACAGGAGUGAGACAGAACGUUUUGAGAUAUUGUUUUCAAGUUUUAGUACAAAGCUGUAAUCUAGAGUUCUCUCAGUCAAGUUACAUUACUGGUGUAUAAAUGAAUGCUUUCAUUGCCACACUAUUUCUUAUGUCUGGCCAAUGAUACAGACCACAGGCAUAUUUGGCACAACAUUGCCUUUUAUGAUUAGUUUUCAAAGUGGUCAUUGUCCAUUACAAAUCUAUUCAUAUUAAAUAUCUCAUACAAAUGGGGCAAUGACCUUGGGCUUGACCUCUGACCGCCCCCAGAGGAUAAUUCAGUUCAGGGCAGUAUUAUAUGAUUGAAUAUGGAAACUGAGUAAUGUAAAAAUAAUAAUGAAAGAUGAACAUACGUAUUUAGCAAAAUCAAGUGAGCCAGGAAUGUACAGUACUUUGCAGUGUUUUAAAAGGAAAUUCCAUAACAGAACCUGUAAAAAAAAAGGCUGUGUUUCAUUCCCACAAACCCAGUUCACUUUUAUGUUGUGCUAAUAACUGGUUAAUGUACAGGUCUUAGCGCCGCAGUUUUAAAAAAUAUUAGUAUUUGUAUAAAAAAAGAAUGUGGCAUUCUAUAUUUUAGGGCAUCCGUAGCUAUCCAUAGGUGACGGCUUUGGCUUGAUUAUUAUUUUUAUUUUUUUUGGGGUGUGUACUGUUGAAAAGCUUUACAGUCCCGAUUCUACUGUUAAAGCAUUUACUUUCUGUCAACAGAGAACUCCUUUAGACAGAACUGCAUUCGUUUUCAGUGUGUAUAUGUGGUGAUUGUUAAAAUAUUGAUUUUAAGUCAUCAUAGGGUUAUAAUUAUAACACAGUUUAAUAUUGGAGACUAAAUUAUUUAUUGUGAUUUAAUUGUUUUAAUUCUAAAUCAGUUUUUGCUUUUAAGCAGCAGCAAAUGUAGGUUCCGUAAACGUGUCUGCUUUCAUGUUUGUGUAUUAUUUGUAAAAGUUUAAACUAUCGUGUUAUAACAGUAUAUUACUGUUUUAUAAAGCUGUCAAAAAAAUCUAAUCAUCUCAUACCUCCUUUUACAAAACUGAAACUGUGGUCUUUUGCUUUAAGAUUGUAAAGAGGGGAGCUAUUUUUUAUAUAAAUAUUGUGCCUUUGGGCAGUUUUUGUUUUUUAGCUUUGAUUGGUGCAGGAAGUGUUCUAGAACAUUCUAGAAUCUACUGAAAAUGAUGUUGGAAACACUGGGACUCGUCAUACCAUUUGCAGUCACUUCGAAAAAAUGGUUAAGUAGAUAACAAGUUUCAUAUAUUUUUCUUUUAAAUUUUUUUUUUUUUUCUGUUGUCUCCAGUGUAUAUUCCAGUCAACAUGAAUUAAAGGCUUUUUAUUUUUUUGAAAUUAUUAGCCGCAAAGAAGCUUUACAUGUCACUUUCGUGCCCAAAGUCACUGUAUGAAGCCCUUAUUUUUAUAAUAUAGCGUUUGCGUUACAAAGGAAUAUUCCACACAGCAUUUCUGAGGCAGCCUGAGUACUGUGUUACUGAAGCAAAGUAACCCAGCUUCCCCCCCAAAAGGGGAGAGGGUUCCUUGCCACUGGGGCUGUGCAAUGUAACACUGAGGUCCCCUAGCAUGUACACGGUUAGUGCUUAGUAACUACAGUAUAUCAGGUUCAGUUUCCUUCCUGGUGAGAAAUGGAUACAAUUUGUAAUUGAUUCACUAACGUGCACAUUUUAUGAAAAUACACUAAGAAAUUACCGGGAAGCCACUGCAGUGAUGCAUAACAAAUACAGAAUACAGAUUUUUAACAGUCUUUUCUUUGUUUCUGUUGUAUUUUAGCGUUGCUGAAACCUGUUCCAUUUAAAGAAGUGACAUUUAUAUUCAGGUUUUAUAGGACACAAAUGGAUAUUGUACUCUUGUAAGAAAGAAUCCUGUGAUAUAUAAAAGCUGUUGUAACACUUGUUGAAAGCGUUGUGAGCUUGACAAUCUCCUCUGAGCACCUAACUUUCUAACAGCGUUGUGAUGUCCUGCACAGCGAUUUAACUCGUGCUAAUUGUACACUCAACCACUAAUAAGGAACAGUGGGACCAAAAUAGGAUCAAGCCACCACUGAAGCUGGAGAUUCAGAUUUGUAUUGUUCUUUUAAAGAUUUUUAAAUCAGGGGAAAUCAAGGCAUUCUUUUCUCCAGUGUCUCUUACAUUUCAAAAUACAGUUCAGGUGUGUUUUUAUUUAUAUUAUCAGUUUUCAGUGCUCUGUUUGUAGAUGUUGUGUUCGUUGUGUGAGUCAAACGAUUGUGGGGCUGUCAAUAAAGUUUUCAAACAUGUUUC